CUACUGAUGCUGAAGUUUUUUUAUGCCAGAAGGUUCUCGAGCAUCUCCUGCUCCUGCGUGUGACCACAACCCUGAGCAACCGGUCAUGGUAACGCGCAGCGUCCUUGGCGACAUGGGCUGCGCUCUCUUGGAUAGUGUAAAGGAAUGCGACUGCGAGAGAGAUUCCUUUUGUCUCCGUACCCCCCCGCGAAAUCCUCGACAGAUCGUAAAGAACCAAUUUGACAGACCACUACUCGGAAGUAAAUAUGGGAUGCGGCGGCUCCAGAAUCACGGCGGUCAAGCCGGUGAGGUCUGGCGAGUUGAAUGGAGAGGAUGACACAGGAAGUAAGCAAGGAUGUAGGGGUGAAUCAGCCGUGUCAAAGUUCACCACAGAUAGCGGAGUUGUCCUGGAAGCUGAAGAGUUCCCAGCCUUACCUGGGACACUUGCAAGGGUACUUCCCUCACUGGCAGCCCACAGAUCUUGCCUGUGCCAGGAGGUCGAAAGGCCCAAGUCCAGUGAGAUCCUGGAGCAGCUACUGAGCCAAGGCCUCAUCACGACCGUUCCCAGGGAGCGCCUCAGUGGGGAGGCCUACAAUAUCCUGAUUGACGGAACAGAGACACCAAAACGUAGGCUGCCUCCUCGCCUGGAGUCCCUGAAGGGCAAAAGGAAUGAGUCGAUCACCAAAGAUGACAUUGAGGAGAGGAUGAGACAUGCAGAGGGGCGACGCAAACUCAGAGAGGAGGAGCUGAAAGUGAGGCUGAGGACUAAGUCCGCCCGCGUCCGUAACCCAGUGGCUGCCACGACAACCAGAGAGGGGGGUGGGACGGGUCUGGUGGAGGUCCCCUCUGCUGGUGAGAUCCCACCAACCGUAGGAGGGGUUCCGCCGGACCCAUGGCAUCCAGGACCACUCCUGACCCUGGGAGAAGGGGACGGAGGGAGUGGAGGGCUCAGUGAGCGCGGUGGGCAAAUUCUCUCAGCCUCUCUGGUGGAGAAUGACUCAACCUUUCAACAGGCUGAGCUAAUGAUAUUUUAGCACUAGGGUGGAAGCACCUGAUUCACGCAAUAUUGUUAUGGUGUUUUAUGUGUCAGAGACUAGUGUCUGACAGGUGAGGGAUGGAUUCAAGGAUGGAGGUGAUUACAAGGCCUGGAGAGGAUAAGAUGUAGGGAGGGAUGAGAGGGAGAACGGUGUGGUUUAGGUAGGAAUGAGUGCUUGGGUUGAGGGGGAGACUGAUAUGUGAUGUGUUUGUGUGUUGUACACAGAGUAUCUGCAAAUAGUUAAAGAAAAUGCCAAUUACCCAAAAACGAAUUCAUGGAGAUAUUUAUUUUCCUUUCGUUUUACAAAGUUGAAGGAUUUUUCUCACCUAUGUUACAUAUACAUUGCCAUGAUGGACUGAGCUAUUUUAGACACAAUAUGGCGUUGUUUUAAUGGAAUUAAAAUGCACUAGAGUAUGCUGACGUAUGCAUUGUCUUUGUGUCGUUAUCAUGUGUAUUGCGGUUUUCAGUAUCUAAAAAGUGGAUGUUAUUACUUGGCUCCCAUCUGAGCUAAUAAAUAAAAGCAAUUGAAAUAAAAA